AUGGCUUCAACACCACCUUGGUCUGAUCUCCACAUAGAUCUACUCUCUCUAGUUUUUGAAAAAUAUGGAGAUGAUUUUGAAUAUCUAUCAUCUUGUGCAAGUGUUUGCCUUUCAUGGCGCUCGGCCAUCAGCAAAUUGUCCCAACGUCUUCUACCCAAAACACCAUUCCUACUAUUAGUCACUGAUGAUGAUCACCAAGACAAAGGCAGUCAAGUCUCACUUGUUAACAUCAAAACCCUAAAAACCCCCAAAAUUCGAGUUAAUCCAGGGCUACAAGGAAGAUGGAUUCGUAGUUGCUGUCAUGGUUGGCUGCUGACGAUUGCUCGUGCUUUGCCACAUGAAAUUAAUCUCCUGAACCCCAUCACCGGAGCACGGAUUAGGCUUCCAUCGGCAGGGAACCAGUUCAAUCCAAGUGAGGGAUUGACGGUAGUCACCUCGCGGAACCCCUUAGAUUCUAAGAGCAUGGUUUUAGGCAUAUACUCAUCGAACCAAGAAUUAGUCGUUUGCAAACCAGGUGACCGAACUUGGACUAGAAUCAAGCAUUCUUCUCCAAAGAACUUGUUUUUUCGCAGCGCGAUAUUCUACAAGGGUGAGUUUUAUGUAUUCAGUGAUCCGUGUAUUGGACAUUAUGAUUCUAUCGGUCGUAUACGCUGUGACCUGAAUAAUUCAGUUCAUGAUCUCUUCAUGGAGGAAUUGAUACGGAUGCCUCCUCCUUCUCCUACGGCGAAGUUGUUAUUUCGUUACCAGCCUACUGACUUACACUCUGCAUUUGUAUACAUUUUCGGCUACUUGGUUGAAUUGAUGGAUGAUUUGUUAAUAGUGUUGAAAUAUAAGCAAUCGAAUCCACAAGACAAAAGUAGAAGAUUUGAGGUAUAUAGAUUGAAGUGGGAGGGUGAGAAGGAAUGGGUUCCAGUGAAAAGUUUAGGCAACAAUGGCAUUUACCUUAAUCGUCCAUCUUCCACAUCUGUCUCGAUUGGGGAGGAGAAUAGUAGAGAAUGCAGAGCAAAUUGUAUCUACUUUGUUGAAAGGCGAGACCAAUGGAUCGAUCGUGGUGUCUAUGACAUGGAAACGAAGAUUACUCAAUGGUCUCCACUCUCAAAUUUUGUUUCCUUGUUUUGA